AUGAAGAAAGAAUCCACUGAAAAGAUCAUGAAAGGUUUCAUCUUAACACUGUUUGUGGUUCUACGUGCUCUACCUGGCCAGGCUUUGGUGCACCGCUAUUCGUUUAUAAUUGAAGAGGCUCCAUAUACAAGACUUUGCAGCACUAAGAACAUUUUGACAGUAAAUGGCCAAUUUCCAGGACCAAGUCUGCACAUCCGUCAAGGCGAUACAGCCAUUGUUCAUGUCUACAACAAGGGAAACCAAAACAUCACUGUUCACUGGCAUGGAGUCAAAUUGCCGAGAAAUCCAUGGUCGGAUGGUCCAGUAUACAUUACUCAGUGCCCUAUAAUGCCAGGAAAAUCUUUUACCCAAAUUAUUCAGGUGACUGAUGAGAUUGGAACAUUAUGGUGGCAUGCUCAUAGCGAAUGGUCCAGAGCCACAGUCCAUGGUGCUUUUAUCGUUUACCCGAAAAGAGGAGAAAACUAUCCAUUUCCUCAGCCUCGUGCAGAAAACACCAUCAUUUUAGGAGAAUGGUGGAAGAGUGACAUACAAGAUGUUCUUACUCAGUUCCAACAUAGUGGGGGAGACCCGAUUGUGUCUGAUGCUUUGUUGAUAAAUGGGCAGCCUGGUGAUCUUUAUCCAUGUUCAAAGCAAGCUAAGCUUUUCUUGACAAUUUCUGUCAAUUUACGCCCUUGUGAGACAAACAAUACUUGUACUGGACCUGCCGGUCACAGAUUUGCAGCGAGCAUCAAUAACAUAAGCUUUGUUCAACCUCAAAUUAACAUACUUCAAGCUUACUAUAGUGGUCUUAGAGGGGUCUAUGAAGAACAAUUCCCGAGUUUCCCACCUUUGAAAUUUAAUUUCACUGCACAACCUUUCCCAUUCAAGUUGACGAUACCUUCUCUGGGUACAAAAGUUAAAGUUCUUGAGUACAACUCCAAUGUGGAGAUUGUUUUACAGGCAACAAGUUUGGUUUGGUCACCAGAUCACCCUAUGCAUUUACAUGGCCAUAGUUUCUAUGUAGUUGGUUCGGGCAUCGGAAACUUUGAUGAAAAAAAAGACCCUUUGAACUAUAAUCUUGUUGACCCUCCUCUAAGGAACACGAUUGCUGUUCCUAGAAAUGGCUGGACAACCAUCAGAUUCAAGGCAAAUAAUCCUGGAGUAUGGCUGAUGCACUGCCACCUAGAGCGUCACGCAACUUGGGGGAUGGAGAUGGUAUUCAUUGUUAAAAAUGGCAAAAGCCCACAAGAACAGUUGCUCCCUCCACCUUCAGACAUGCCACCUUGUUGA